GACCGACCGUUUAUAAUCGAUCGAGUUAUAGGGUUUGUUUACCGGUUGCCAUGUACAUCAAAUUAUAGGCCGCCAAAUUUCCCGCCAUCGCAUUUCAGCUUAACAGGGUCUGAACUCUGUCUGGUGCCAUACAUUUUUUAAACCAUUUCGCCUUUCAUCUCUGUACUGAUUUGUUCAAAAUCUUUUGGGCAUGGCAAGUCAAUCCGAUCCUCAUGGCUCUGCUUUUUCUGCUGCAGAGUUGGAGUUUCUUGCUGAAGAUGAAAUGGUUGAGAUUGUUCCGAACAUAAGGAUGGAUCCUCUUAAUUUGAUAUCUGGGGAUUUUGGCCCUUUUCGUCCGCAAAUUGCAACUCAGGUGCCUUUAUGGUUAGCAGUGGCCUUAAAGAAGAGAGGGAAGUGUACAAUAAGACUUCCUGAUUGGAUGUCAGUCGAAAAGUUAACGCAGGUCUUGGAAGCAGAGCGUGACUCAGCUAGGGAUUUUCAACCACUUCCAUUCCAUUAUGUAGAAAUAGCAAGACUUCUUUUCGACCAUGCUCGUGAUGACAUUCCAGACAUAUAUAUGGUGAGGUCUCUUAUUGAAGACAUCAAAGAUGUUAGAUUCCACAAAAUUGGCACGGGAUUAGAGAUAAUAUCUGAACGUACUUAUGCAGUAAAGCUGUUGAACUUGUCAGCAAUGGAAGUGAAUAUAGUACGCCCAUUUGUUGCAAAAGCUCUCGAGACAUUUUAUAAACUUGAUAGUCCAGAGAUGAUACAAGAUGCAGAGAGAAGGCCUGAUGCACGUACACAAGCACCUGAUCGUGGACCAAGACGACCGCUUCGACCUCGAUAAAUUAACAGCAGCAACUACAAUUUCGUCUUCUAUGGAAAAGGCUUCAAGCAGGACCAGCAUACGUAGAUGGAAUGGUGGAAGUCACAUGAAAGUUACUGGGCAAUCUUUGUCUGGUUAAGUAAAAAUUCUAUAGUACUUUGUUUUAAAGUUGCACCAAGAUUUUAAUCUCUCAGAUAACCAACCUCAUGGGAGGCAACAUCGUUACUUUUGCUGAUAACCUCCGUCAUGUAUAACCCAGGUCUAUCUUUAUAUAAUCCUACCUUUAAGUUGCUAGUGACAAAAUAGCUCUUGUUUCGCAUUUUUGAUUUGAAGUAUCAUGUGAACGAUUGUUACCUUAAAAACAAUGAUAAUAGAGUUAUUAGAAGGGUUUAUAUAUGGAUAUCGAUCAUUA